UCGCAUUCUCCGCAGCCUCGUCGCCGCCGAAAAUGCUCCGCCGCCAGCGCCACUUCCUCCCCGCCAAGCCCCGCCGCCGCCCUCCGCCCCGCCCCAAACCCUCCGCCGAGCCCUCCGCCCCGACGUACACCCGCGACGUCGUCCGCCGCGUGACCAACAUACUCCGCGACCACCCCUGGUCGGCGGCGCGCCCGCUCCUCCUCUCCCUCCCGGGCCUCGUCUGGGACUCGCACGUCGUGGCGCGCGUCCUCAAGACCCACCCGCCGCUCCAGAAGGCCUUCCUCUUCUUCCGCCUCGCCGCCUCCUCCCCCACACCCGGGGCCGCCUUCCGCCACGACCGCUACACCUACACCUCCAUGCUCCACCUCCUCGGCGAGGCCGGCCGGGUCCCCGCCAUGCUCCACCUCCUCGCCGAGAUGCUCCGCGCCGGGGUGGACCCCGACGCCGCCACGUUCACCACCGUCAUGCACUGGCUGGCGCGCGCCGGGGACGUGGACGCCGCGAUGCGGGUGUGGGAGGAGAUGCGCUCCCGCAGGGGGAAGUGCCGCCCCACGCUCGUCAGCUACACGGCGUGCGUCAAGAUCCUGUUCGACGCCGGGAGGGCCGCCGAGGGCAGGAGGGUGUUCGAGGAGAUGGUGGCCGAGGGGCUGCGGCCCAGCUGCACCACCUACACCGUGCUCAUCGAGCAUCUCGCUGACGCAGGAAAAUUCCAAGCUACUCUACAAAUUAUGAGUGACAUGCAAGAUGCAGGCGUAGAACCAGACAAGCCACUCUGCAAUAUUCUAGUCAAGAAGUGUGCCAGCGCUGGUGAGACGUCAGUGAUGACCUUCAUUCUUCAGCACAUGAAGGAGAAAGGCAUUGUUCUCCGUAGGCCUGUCUUUUUGGAAGCACUAGAAGCUCUAAAAGCUAGUGGUGAGAGCCCUAAUCUUCUUUGGGAAGUGAAUCCUCAUCUUGCAUCCGAAGGAAUGGAAUAUGACCCAACAUUUUCUCAUCUAAGCUGCAUUACUGACAGAAGUACGAUUAUAUACCUUUUGGCUUCUAGAAACUGGUCUGCUAUCGAACAGAUGGUAAAUGAAUUGACCACGAGGAAUGUGAAGUUUGAAUCGCAUAUACUAUCUGAUAUUAUUCAGGCCAGCUGUGCAAACUGCAGACCAUCAUGUGGACUCACAGUUCUGUACUAUAGCCUAAGAGUAGGCAGUGAACUUGACAGAUCUGCAUAUAGUUGCCUUCUUGGUCAAUACAUCAGAAAUGAUUCGUUUGAUUUGGUAUCUAAGAUUGUUGAAAGAUUGAUUAAACAUGGCUGCAAUCUUGGAGCAUAUCUGUUAUCUGUCUUAAUACUCAGAUUGGGUUCUGCCGGGCAUUCUUCAUACGCGGCGCAUAUCUUUGGGUUAUCACCUGCGGACCAGAAUGUGAUUACCUACACUGCCCUUAUGAAUGCCUAUUUUCAAGCUGGCGAAGUUGAUAAGGCUCUUGAACUAUUCUCUCAAAUGAUAACUAAUGAGAUAUCUGCUUCUGCGGGUACAUAUGAAGUUCUGAUAUAUGGCUUACAAAAGGCUGGGCGGAAACAGGACUCUGACCGUUACCGAAGAGAAAGAAUGGAGAUGCAAUGGCAUCGUCAGUACCGUGACAAGCAUUCCCCUGAAGAUAGCUUAUGUGACCAUUUAUUUUGUGGCUUUCAUGGUUAGAAGAUUGUUUGUUGGGUGAUGUUCUAUACUUGGGGUUUCCUUAGCUGUACUCACCCAGCUUCAUGUUUUCACAGAUUGAAGGUGUAUAAAUGGAUCUCCUGAUAUUUGCUUUG